GUAGUAUAAAACGCAGCAACUGUCCAUCGCCGUCAGUCUCGCUAACGCUCAGGUGUGCUGCUUGUUGAUUACAGGUGUUAAACAUGUCGACCUUCAAGUUCACGUAUUUCAAUCUUCGUGCUCGGGGCGAGAUCCCGCGCUUGGUUCUCAAUGCUGCCGGUGUCACUUUCGAAGACAGGAGGGUCGAGUUCAGCGAGUGGGGCGCGCUUAAACCAAGUACCCCAUUUGGACAGCUCCCAUACAUAGAGAUCAACGGAAAGCCGUUCCCCGAGAGUAUGGCCAUCUCGCGGUAUCUGGCGGCCGAAUACGGCUUGGCCGGGAAGACCCCCCUGGAGCGACUGAGGGCGGAUUUCCUCACAGAGCAGACCAGGUCCAUGAAGGAGGGUAUCUACAAAUACUUCUUUGAGAGCGACGCCACCAGCAAGGCUGAGGGACAAAAGAAGUUCGAGGAGGAAAUCCGCCCCAAGUACUUGACAUCCUGGGAACAGGCGGCCAAGGAUAACGCAUCCGGAGGAGGGUAUCUCGUGGGAAAACAGUUGACCAUUGCCGAUCUGGCCGUGAUGGACGCUCUGGACGCCGUGCUGCAAGAUGAGGCUUUCAAGGCCACGUUCGCAAAGACCUACACCAACCUGUCGAAGAACUACGAUACGGUGACUGCUGUGGCGAACGUCAAGAAAUACAGGGAAACAAGGCCCCAAACCUCUAUUUAAACGUUGACUUAUAUAUCACAAUGAGCAGAGGUGUAUGGGUGUGUGUGCCACAGUCUGCUUGACGUUUGCCAACGUAGUUAUACUCAUGAACAAUCAGCGUUGCUGGGUCGGUCGGUGAGAUAAUUUGGCCAGUCGGUGAGAUUAACAUGUUAUUCGACUGGACAAGCCAGGCAUUCCUUGUUGUUUCAGUCCAAGUAGUAACAUUGCAUUCGCCAUGGCGACAUGGCAAUCGUAAUCAUUACUCUUACAGUUUGAUUACAAUUAGUCCGGUAGCAGGUUGUUUGAUUGUUAGAUUUAUCGUGGCGACACCCAUUGUUUGAACUCUUUUUAUCGACGAUUUACAUCAUUUGUUAUUUAACACACUCAUUUUUGUUUUAUACGUACUUAUGAUGCAUAAACUCACUGUUUUCAUAGGUCAAUACAUUUUACCACUUAA